UUAUCGGGUGUACAUUAAUAGUUAGGGGCGUUGGAGUCCGUGAGCUGAAACUUCUGCAAGUGAAACAAGUUGCUGCUGUAUUAAGAUGUGGCCAAGAGUCAGCAAAAAUACAAUCUGUCCCGCAGACUCAAUGGAGCAAUGAGAGAGUACUUAUUACAGGUGAAAAUAAAAAGAAAGUUAGUUCGACCGAUCAAUUCGAGGGAUUUAAUGAUAAUUUAUUGAGGCAUAGAAUUCCUGCAGUUCCUAACUGCUACACGAAGGACACAAAAUAUUGCCAAGGUAUGAAGAAUUUUAAUACGACGCUCCAAAAUUGGAAUCAUAUAGGAACUUCAGAUACUAAAGGCUAUAAUAUGAUUCAUGAUUCUAGAAAAGAAGUUAUUUAUGAAGAGAUUAAUGAUCACGCUGGGCCAAUUCUCAGAUCCUCUGUAAAUGCUAAUACCAUAUUAAGUGCCGCAAGCAGCACUCAGAAUGAACCUUUUGAAGGACUAGUGAUUCCCAUGUGCGUUUAUCUACAUAACAAAACUGUUAUUAUUAUGGAAAUUGAAGAUACUCCAAAUGCUACUUGCGAGCUAGUUUGUCAGUCCAUUGUCAGCUGUGAAGAGUUGGGACCAAAUAAGACAUUGGCUAUGCAAGUUUUCACGUUAUGGAUGAUAAGUCCAUUACUGGAAAUCCAACUGAAACCAUAUUCAAAACCUCUGCAAGUACGCGACAAUUGGAGAAACCUACUAGAAAAAUAUAGUAAUGCAUCCUGUACCAGAAAAGAUAAAGAUGAACCAAAAUUAGUAUUUCAGAGGAAUAUAUUUUUUCAAACUCAUAUUGAAGAAAAAAUCAAAGAUCAACGGAUUUUAGAACUUCUUUAUGAAGAAUGUAAAUAUAAUAUCUUGAAUGGAAGGUAUCCAUCAGAAAUACCUCAUCUUGUUAUGCUGGGAGGCAUACAGGCCAGAGAAGAGCUUGGUCCUUACAACCCGCAGGUACAUACAACUCAAUAUUUCCGUGAGGAACAAUCUAAGUUCUUACCUGCUCAUGUGCGAAAAAGCCCAACAUGGACUUGGUUGCCGAUAAGUAGUAAGAAUUCUGCUGAAGUUAAAUUAUUGGAGCAAUUUAAGAGAAUUCCUAGCACAGCCACCAAUCGGCGAUUAGUAAAAAAAUAUGUGGAAUAUUGUUGGUCGCUUCCAUUUUAUGGAGCCGCAUUUUUUGAAGGACAAAUUGAAGAACCUGUUCGUGGUUUGAUAUCCUUGUUGACUCAUCAAGAUAUACCGGUUUUAAUUGCUAUUAAUUCCAGAGGACUCCAUAUCAUUGAUGACCUGAAUUCUCAAGUCGUUUUGGGUCUGCGUUUUGAAGAAUUCAGAUGGGAUUGUAGCAAGCCGACAAGAGAUAAUAAUCCAGAUUAUCUUCCAUGUCUCUUUAUUCAAUUUAUGAUCGUCGAAAAUGGAGCUAGAGUAUCCAAGAUGUUGCAAGUGUUUUCAAGGCAAGCAAGUUUGAUGGACACAUUAAUUACUACUUAUGUAUCACAGUUAAGCCAAAAUAUGUCAAAUGAUGAAAUAGAUAAUAAGGCUUAUGAUACCCAACGGAAUGCUGAUAAUGAUAAUCAUAACUUAGUAGUCGGAAACAGUGGAUAUGCUUCAAAAUACUCAAAGCUAAGCAAUAAAUUAAGCAAGCUUACUUUGGCGACAUUUGAUGACGAGGGACGAUGUAUAGGAAAAUCUGGUUCCUGGUCUUUCAGCUACUAGAGCUAAAUUUACACUUUUUAACAUGUUGUGUGUAAUAGAUAGUUACUAAUUUUAUUUAUUAUAAACCGUUUCAGUAAAAUGAAAAAAAAUGCAUAUACCCAUAUUUUAUCCGAAUAUACUUCAUUAUAAACACGUGUACCUUAAUUUCUUAAUGAAAGGAAAUCGUGAAAAAUAGAUGUAGAAUGUAAAAUAAAUAAAUAAAGAUAAA